GUAACUUUUGUAAAUCUGCUCACAAUACAUCCCACACUUAGCGUACAGAGUUCAAAUUUUUAGGUAUAGCUCUGAUCAAAAUUAGGAGGACAACGAGUAGCGCGCGUCAGAAUGUUGAGCUGCUGUACUGGUCCGCCGCCAGCACCGCCCAAGGACAAGAGAAUCCGCAUAGAGCAGCUGCUGGACGAAGAUUUCGAUUGCAUGCGUCGCAUGGCGCAGGGAAUUUGUCAGACACUCGGUCGCCCCAAGGAUCGCGAGGUCUGUCGCAGCACACUCGACGAAUUGAUGAAAUUCAAUCAGGUGGACUCCUUGGAGGUCAAACAGAACGUACACAAAUUCAUGAGAUUCUAUCUGAAGGUGCUGCGCUGGACACAAAAACAUCAGCCGGCAGAGUACCAGCAGUGGUAUGGCAAUGCGUUUAAUAGCACACGCGACAACACCAUGUCCAGCAACUUCAGCAUGUUGCAGGGCAGCGCAGUUCAGGGUGAGGUUGGCGCUUUGGGUGAUAUGCGCGUCUGGCUGGAGGAGGCCGGCUCGUAUUUGGCCAUGAAAUCGUUCGAGGAUGGCUCGACAAUUAUUUAUGCUGCUGUGGCGAAAGAUCCAAAUGCUGGCUGGGCGGACAACGGGCUAAAGGCGCUGACUCAGCGUCAAUGUGGGGGAGAGCGAGAUAAUGCCUAAGGCCAUAUGAUUGGAUUAUACAAUUGACUCUAUAUAUUUAGGCUUUUCAAAUAUACAAAAUGUGUUUCGAUUGAUUC